UAUGUAGUGAAAAUAAAAACCCAACUUUUUAUUUGAAUAAUGUUAGUGUAAAUAUGUGAACAUAAUUAAUAAAAAACGUUUCUUGAAUUAGGAGAAUAACCAGAUGAUCGCCGGCGCCGGCCCGGGGAGCAGAAAUUUCUUCGUCGGCCUACUCAAAACCGCUACUUCUCUCUCUCACCUCACCCAAAUCCACGCUCAAGUCGUUAUCCAUGGCCUCCAAUACGACCUCGCCAUUGUCACCAAACUCACUCACAGACUCUCUGACUUCAAAGCCAUUCGCAAGGCAAGAAGCCUCUUUCUCACCAUUCCUAACCCGGACUUGUUCCUCUUCAACGUCCUCGUAAAGGGUUUCUCCAACAAUGAAUCUCCUUUGUCUUCCAUAUCUCUUUAUACCCAUUUGAGGAACAAAACGAUUCUCACUCCUGAUGAGUUUACUUACGCCUUCGCUAUUUCAGCGGCUUCUGGUUUUAAGGAUGCUAAGUAUGGGAUUCUGUUACAUGCUCAUUCUAUCAUUGAUGGGUUUGCUUCGAAUUUGUUUGUUGGGUCAGCUUUGGUUGAUAUGUAUUCGAAGUUUUUACAGUUUGAGUUAGCACAGAAGGUGUUUGAUGAAAUGUCUGUGAGGGAUACUGUUUUGUGGAACACAAUGAUUUCUGGGUUAGCUAAGAAUUGUUGUUAUUUCGAUUCUGUAAGGCUUUUUGUUGAUAUGGUUUCUAGUGGUACACCAUUUGAUUCUAGAACCUUGGCAGUGGUUCUUCCAGCUGUGGCUGAACUUCAUGAGUUGCAAGUUGGGAUGGGAAUUCAGUGUUUGGCUAUGAAGGUUGGGUUGGAUAGUGAUGUUUAUGUGCUUACAGGAUUAGUUUCUUUGUAUUCAAAAUGUGGAGAGAUUGAUAGAGCAAGGUUGUUGUUUGGGAAGAUUAGUCAUCCUGAUUUGAUAUGUUAUAAUGCUAUGAUUGCAGCUUAUACUAGCAAUAAUGAUACAGAGUCCUCAUUGAAGCUUUUCAAGGAAUUACUUGCAUUUGGGGAGAAAGUAAAUCCAAGUACAGUUGUGGGUCUGAUUCCUGUAUCUUCUGCCUUUGGUCAUUUGCAACUUACUAACUCUAUACAAGAUUUUUGUUUGAAGUUUGGUAUUCUUUCAGACCCUUCUGUUUCAACUGCAUUAACCACUGUUUAUUGUAGACUCAAUGAAAUAGAAUCUGCAAGAAAACUUUUUGAGGAAUCACCAGAAAAGAGUUUGGCAUCUUGGAAUGCUAUGAUCUCAGGUUAUACUCAAAAUGGACUCACAGAGAUGGCAAUAUCUCUUUUCAAGGAAAUGAUAUCUGUGCUAAGUCCAAAUCCUAUUACCAUUACAAGUAUUCUUUCAGCUUGUGCUCAACUUGGUAUCCUAAGUCUUGGAAAAUGGGUUCAUGGCUUAAUUAAGAGCAAAAAUCUUGAGUCUAACAUAUUUGUGAAAACUGCUCUUGUUGACAUGUAUGCCAAGUGUGGAAGCAUUGUGGAAGCUCGGGAAUUAUUCGACUUGAUUAAACAGAAAAAUGUUGUUACUUGGAACGCGAUGAUAUCCGGAUAUGGCCUCCAUGGACAUGGUCAUGAAGCACUUGAGCUUUUUAAUGAGAUGUUGCAUUGUGGGGUUGCCCCAACUGGGGUUACCUUUCUAUCAAUCUUGUAUGCUUGCAGCCAUGCUGGUUUGGUGAAAGAAGGAGAUAAUAUAUUUAAGUCCAUGGUUCGUGAUCAUGGUUUCGAGCCCUUAGCUGAGCACUAUGCGUGCAUGGUUGACAUUCUUGGAAGAGCUGGACAAGUUGAUCAAGCCUUGGAAUUUAUAAGGAAAAUGCCAGUUGAUCCAGGGGUUGUUGUUUGGGGUUCUUUGCUUGGUGCUUGUAUGACUCAUAAAAACCAUAGUAUAGCACGUUUAGCUUCUGAAAAGCUAUUUGAAUUGGACCCUGGAAAUACAGGAUAUUAUGUCUUACUCUCUAACAUAUACUCAGCUGACAGGAAUUUUCCAAAGGCUGCCAUGGUAAGACAAGUUGUCAAAAAUAGGAAACUAGAAAAGGUUCCAGGGUGCACUCUGAUUGAGAUUGGUGAGGACACUCAUGUAUUUACAGCUAGUGACCGAAGUCAUCCUAGAACGAUGGAAAUCUACGCAAUGUUAGAUAAGUUAGCGGGAAAGAUGAGGGAGGCUGGAUUUCAUACAGAGACUACUACUGCUUUGCAUGAUGUGGAGGAAGAAGAGAAGGAGCUAAUGGUGAAGGUUCACAGUGAGAAACUGGCCAUUGCUUUCGGUCUUAUUGCUACUGAACCUGGAACCGAAAUAAGGAUCAUUAAGAAUCUCAGGGUUUGUUUAGAUUGCCAUAAUGCAACUAAACUAAUAUCGAAGAUCACCGGUAGAGUUAUUGUGGUUAGAGAUGCUAAUAGAUUUCAUCAUUUUAAGGACGGCUUGUGUUCUUGUGGAGACUAUUGGUGAAGAAAAUUCUUUGCAAGUUAAGGUAUGCAUUGUCCUACUAUUUAUAUGGUAACAUUAAUUGUUCACAAUAAUUUUGAUAGACAAAAAUUGAUGAAAUCAGAUGUUACCUUUCUCUUUAUACAUAAACAAA